UUUUCCCUUUUCAUUUCUUUUGUUUCUCUCUCUCCCCUCUCUCUCUCUCUCUCGAUCGCCGGAGCUAAUAUUUUUCUCCGAUCACAAUUAAAGUCUCCGCAUUUCUCCGUUUCGAUCGUUCUCCGAUCGAGAAUUUGUUGACUGGUCGGGAUUUGUCGCAGUUUUCUUUAGCUUUCUCCCGCCGCGGGCAUGGUUUGAUCGGCGUUGCCUGAUCCGUCUGGUCGAAUUCCAGAAGGUAUACGAAUGUCUUCUUCUUCAUCCAAUAAACCCAACUUGAGAAAAAAGAUGAUUCGUGAUCGGUCAGAAUUCGGGGUUCAGAUUCGGAGAUUGAUUGUUAUAUCGAUCAGAAUAUCCUGCAGAUGGAUUCGCCAUCAUCCCUUUCUCUUGGGCUUUGUCGGUUUCCUGAUUCUCCUGUACAGAACUUCUCCUGUCGUGUUCUCUUUGUUGGUGUCUGCAUCUCCUGUUGUGAUCUGUACUGCCGUUUUGCUUGGCACAAUACUGAGUUUCGGGCAGCCGAACAUACCUGAAAUCGACAAGGAGCCCGAAGUUGUCCAUGAGGCUUCUCUUUUCAGAACAGAUGUUGCUAGGGACGCCAUUGUUGUUGAGAGAGAGGACAAGGGUUUUGCGGUAGAGAGAUUCAUGAACAAGGAGAAAGAUGUAUCGGAUGCUGGAAAUGAUGAUGGUGGUGGUGGUAGAUUAGGAGAGAGCCAUGUGAGUGAAUUUGAGGAAGAUACUCUCUCGUUUGAUCAUAGACCUUCGGUUGACGAGACUCCGAACGAGAGCAAACGCAUGAAUCAGGUUAUGUUCGAGUUGGCACCCCUUGUGGUGGAGUCAGGUAAGAAGGUGGAGGAGAAACUGAUAGAAAACAAUGGAAAACAAGGGAGGGAAGCUGGUGGAUCUUCAGAAGAUGUGAUGGAUGAUGCCAGGGAUGAACAGAUGGAUUUAUCUCCAGUCUCACCUUGGAGACCAAUGAGGCAUGAUGAUGACGAGGACGACGAUGCUGAUCGUGAUGACUCAUUGGAUUCUGAGUCUGAUGGUGCAGAGAGUUCCUCCCCCGAUGCUUCCAUGACAGACAUAAUACCAAUGCUCGACGAGCUUCACCCUCUUUUACAUUCGGAAGUUCCGGAUCCUGCUAACCUAUCCCAGGAAGGAUCAGACGCUGCUUCAGAGGGCCCUCAUAGGAGUAGUAGUGAUGAAGGGGUUGAAUCUGAUAUUGAAAGUGAAGGGAUUGAAUCUGAUAUUGACAGCAAAGACCAUGGAAAAGAGGAAGACAGCCAGAAUGACAAUGAAGAGGAUGAAGGAGACGAAGAAGAAGAAGAAGAAGGAACAAAGGAAGACAAGGAGGAUGAAAGUAAAUCAGCAAUUAAAUGGACGGAGGAUGACCAAAAAACUGUUCUUGAUCUUGGAAGUCUCGAGCUUGAAAGAAACCAAAGGUUGGAGAAUCUUAUUGCAAGGAGAACGGCUCGUCAAAGUAUGAAACUGAUGUCUGAGAGGAAUCUUAUUGACCUUGACGGCGUUGAUACUCCCUCUAAUGUCCCACCCAUUUCAACCGCAAGGCGUAAUCCAUUUGAUCUGCCUUAUGAUUCGUAUGAUGAUAUGGGGUUACCACCUAUCCCUGGAUCUGCCCCGUCUGUUUUGGUGCCGAGGAGAAAUCCUUUUAGUAUUCCGUACGACCAAAAUGAUGAAAAGCCAGACCUCAAAGGUGACAGUUUCCAGGAAGAAUUCUCGCCAUUCCAUCCAAAUGAACCGGUUUUCAGAAGACAUGAAAGUUUCAGUGUGGGAGCAUCAAUGCUUGGAGGUCCUAGACAAGACAGGAACGGCAGGCUACGGCCCUUUUUUGUGCUAGAAAAGUUAGCUAAUGAGGGAACAAGCUAUUACGGAUUUGAGAGACAGCUGAGCGGAGUUAGCGAGUCAAAAGACAGUUCUGUUCCCGAUACCGAAUCUGUGAGCACGGGCCUGGAGGAUGAUGACAAGAAGGUGCAUGAACACGAGGUUGAUCGAGGAAUUGGAAUGUCUAGUGCUGAUCCAGCCUCUGACCAUGAGGAUGAUGAGAAGAGCCAUUCGUCAGAAGAUGUCGAUUUCAGUGAACAAGCUGGUAGCCGGAAUCUUCACAAUGGUGUGGCGGAGAUAACACUGGGUGGCGGAGAAAGUCAUCAUGAGGAGCAAUCAAACAUGAUAGAAGGAGAAAAUUCUGGUAAAGAUGACGAUGAUCACAGUGAUAGCGCAUCAUCUUCAUCAGGAGAAGAAGAAAAGAUUCCUGAUCUUAAGGAGAGAGAAUCAUCGAUGAGAUUGGAGCAUAGAGUUGAUCUUAGCAAACAAUCGGGUAUCCCUCUCGGGCAUUCUUUUGGAGAAUCAGAUAUGCAAUUGGCAAGAAUGGAUGAUGAUGAACAUCAUGAUAAACAGUCUGGUGAGGGCUCGUUCAUUACUGCACAACCUUCGCUCGAGGAAUCAGAGCUUCAUACUCUUUGCAGCUUGGUGGAUGAUCAUCACCACAAAGGACCUGUAUAUGAUUCAAGUCCUCCCUCAGCUAGUAGAGUCCCGUCUUUUUCCUCAGUAUCUUCUGAUAACCAAGGAGAGAUACCUAGACAGAGUGGGGAGCAAGUAGGGGAAAGUGAGGAUAAAGAACCGGAAGUUUACUCGGAAUGCACAGAUCAAAGACCUUCGGAUCUUGAGGAAGUUCAUUCUACUUCCGCUGUGAAUACUUCUGGUGAAAUUGUAUCAAGAACGAGUGAAGCAGUGGGAGUGGUCAGCCUUUCCACUGUUGAGACUGGACUUGGUGAUCAAAAUGAUUCGAUGAUUUCAUCCCCUGUAUUCGAGGAUGCCCCAUUUGAUCCAUCUUCUCUGUCUCUCGACAAGAAUGACACUGUUUCUCGCCGUGAGGAUAACACCCCUUUUUCUGUUUCUGUUCAAGAGGACCGAGAAGACGUCAAAGAGACAGUCGAUACCAGAGGUUCAGAUAAUGUUAUGUCUUCUGGAGACUUGGCUUCUCCUACAGAACAGGAAGCACCAACUGCAAUGGAGGUUGGACAUUUCUCAACUCAUCAGACAUGUCCACAUUUGGACACUGGAGACACAAGGGAGAAUCCGACAAAUCUGGAAGAAACACUUGAUGUUUUGCACGACCAAGCAGAAACGUCUGGAAACAUGUCAGUAGCUGAAGGAAUAACACAUGAAGAAGAGGAAGCUCCAAAGCUAAAAGGCCAAGCUUCUGUGACCUUUGAUGCAGACGUUCCAGUUGAUAGUUACUCUACUUUGUCUUCUGGAGCAGUUGAAUAUGUUGAGACACACUCGUUUAAUGACGAGCUAGCUCAGGGCCAAUCAUCAAUUUCUGAUAAGAAGGAAGAUUCUUGUCUUAACCGGACCAUGGACAUCGAAGUAGACUCUGUAAAUGCCAGUGCUCGGAAUGUGCCUUCUGGAGAAACAUCAUCUCCAUCUGAAUCAAAUCGAGAACUGACGUGGUCAGAUAAAUCAGUUGUUGAACAAUCAACCCUUGAACACAGCGAGCAUCAACAACCAACUCGGACAGGCCCUGUUAGUGUUGUCUUCUCUAGAAACAUUACUUUCCAUGAGUAUCACGAUGCGGAGGAAACAAUCGAGUUAUCUUGUCUGACUUCUGCCUCAUCCUCGCCUCCUCCGGAAUCUCCCGAGUAUAAAACACCUAUGGUUGGUGAAGCUAGUAGUGCGGAAUUUUUCCAUGAAACGAUAUACGAGGAGCUCGAUCAUGUAUCAGAAUCAGAACCAUUACGCCAACCAACAGAGUUACAUGCAAUAUCUCAUAGCCCUCCAGAAGUUAUCAAUGAGGCAGACGAGAUAAAGGAGAUCGAUGAAGGUAUCUUGUCUGAACUUGACACGAUUGGAGACUUCAGUGUUAAGGAAGUCAUUACGGAUUCUGAACCCGGGCCAUCCACGAGAGAACCAGACAUUGCUGCAGAAAGGACGGAGGUUCUGCCUGUUCUUGAAGCGAGAUCAGUUGAAGAUAUACAAUCCGCUUUCCAGCAGAUUCGCGAAGGAUCUGAGGUUGAUGAGGUUAUUCUUCCGAGCACUGUUCAAGAUCAGCUAGCUCUGGAAACAUCCGAAAAUUCAGGAGAGACGAAGUCAGAGCUAGAAGUUGUGGAAGCUAGGUCAAUGGAAGAACUCGAUAAAGCAAUGAAGCAACCUAUGUCACCAGAAUCAGAAGAUGGCUAUGCAGAAUUCAGGAGCGGGGUUAAACCCGAGUCACCAUUGUCCUCAGUGGAGGAAAGAUCUGCCGAUAACGCAAACGUUCCUAUGAACAAUGCACCUGAAGAUGGGAAAGAAGAGGCAGAACGUGAAGUAAAGAAGUCAUUGGAUGUUUCCACUGUCGAAGUUACAUCACGGGAGGAGGUUCCGGAAGCUUCUGAACCGAAGGAGAGGAUCGCCACAGAAAUCACCACAUCUGAACGAGCGAUUCCUGCAGUAGCCACCGGCUCUAAUGAUGAAGAAAGAAGCUCCCUUUCCACCUCGGGAGCGAAACCCGAAACGGGUGAGGAGGUUGAGGUCGCUGCACAGAGUUCUGAGGCAAAAGGAAAGAAGAAGGAAUCGAAAUCUGAUUCUUCGAGCUCGAGCGACUCUGAUUAAAUCCGAGGUUAUGCAUUUCAUAAUAAUCUUCAUUUGCAGGGGUUUUCUGUCCUGAGUCUUGGUGUUUUUUUUUCCACUCUUUGUGGGGUUGGUUCUUUUUCUUCAUUGUGCUUUUGUGAUUUUAUUAAUUGGUUGGUUGAUUUUGUAUCUCAUAAAAAGUGUUUUUGUGUUAAAAUUUUUAUUUUCUUGGAUAUGAAGGGACAUUGUAAAUCUUGGAGUUCUCUUUCGCAAGGAAUGCGUUUUCUACUUGGUGUC